AUGGCAUCACGCCAUUUUCACUUUCUAUAUAUCAUGUUCAUUCUAUUCCUUUUUCGUGCUCCAUCUGCAAAUACUAUUUCCUUCAAUUUCACUAGCUUUGAUCCUGGAGCCAGCAACAUUGUCUAUGAGGGUGAUGCAAAACCUAUAAGCGGAGUCAUUGAACUCAAUGAAGUAGAUCGUCAGAGUUGUGUUGGUCGUGCCUCUUACGCGUACCCAGUGCCUAUCUGGGAAUCUUCAACAGGUUUACUCACAAACUUCACAACCCGCUUCUCCUUCACCAUCAACCGGGUUCUUCAUCACAGUCCUGGCAGUGGACUUGCCUUCUUCCUUGCUUCUGUUAAUUAUCCGCUUCCCCCCAACUCUGCCGGAGGAUGUUUUGGAUUAUAUAGCAAUAACGGAACAAGAACUUACUCACAAUAUACACUUGUCACAGUUGAAUUCGAUUCCUAA